GACUGACUGGCUGCUGGAGUUGAUUUAACCGUCGCUUUCGACCUUAAAUCGAGCUGGAUCUUCUAGAGCUGAGAGGCUGGAUCUGCUCGAGUCAAAAGUCACAGACAGGCGUCUCAGCAGGAGACAGAAGCCAUGGACGUCCAGCAGCAGGACGUGACGCUGAACAGUGGAAAGGACAGAGCCAAGAGCUGCGAAAACCACACUAACCACAUCAACCCGUCAGAGAGCACUGCUGAGACAGAGGCCAUCACAGCAGAGCCUGCAAAGAUAACAUGUUCUAAUGGACUAGGCCACAGGGGAAGUUACGUGUCGUUGAAUGACAUCGUAGUAACGAGUGAGGAUGCUCUUCUGCUUCCCGACCACGUACCAGUGAUUCCCCACAAAAUAGAAAAAGAGACUCUUGGCCCUCUCACUGGCCCCACUCCUCCAGACACUGUGACUAAUGUAUCACCGCCCAUUUGCACACCUCCCACUGCCUCUACAGGUCAAAAGGCACCUGACCCUGCCCAGGUACCCAAGUGCAACGGGCACAACGCUCACAAAAAGCGCCUGCCCUCCACCUCCAAAAGCCAGCAGAGUUUGAAAGCCAACGCCACUCAAAUACAGCAAGUCGCAGGCGACGACUGCUGCGUGCACUGUAUUCUGGCAUGUCUGUUCUGCGAGGUGUUGUCCCUGUGCUCAGCGCUGACGCAGUGUUUGGCCUGUGGGCUGGAGUGUGACGCUGCGUGUUGCUGUGGUGAGGCGUGCAGUGGCUUGGCCUGCUGUUCUGAGGACCCCUGCUCUGCCCUGCUGGACUGCGCCAUCCUGGAGGACUGCUGUCAAUCUUCCGACUGCCUGGAGAUCUGCCUGGAGUGCUGCUCUAUCUGCUUCCCUGCGUAGAAAGUCUAUCGGCCAGUGGCAUGAAAGAGUGAGUGAUGAGAGGGCUUACGGAAAGGUUUUGGAAUGUGUCAUAACACCACAGUGUUGUGAAAGGUUGCUGUCAUUGCCGUAUGCUGUAUUUAUUCUGUAGGUUAGUGAGAGGUUAGGGACGGAGAUCAAGGUGUGUCCGCUGUGUCUGAAAUGAGUCACUGAAUAUAAGUGGAACGAACAUGUGUUAUUGGUGAUUGGCUAUUCAGUGACAUACCAGAGGUAUUUGACUCAUGAGGGGCAGCUUAGGGCUUACUGUAUUUAAAAGGCUAGUAUUCCUAUCUGUGAAUGGCCAUUAUUGGGUAGUCACUGGCUACCACUUUAACAUUCACAGGUCCCAAUGCCUUGAAACUGUGCCAUUUGUGUUCCCAAUGUUAGUAGAUUCAGCUUUCUUUGAGAGUUGAGCAUGUUUGCACUUGCCCAGGGCAUAAUGCAUCUUCUUUGAUCACCACAGGAGGGACAGUACUGUCUGGUCAGGACUGGAUUUAUUUUUACUCAGUUUCCAACCUGUUUAUUUAUUUUGCAGUGUCAAGGGAGGAAAGCAGGAAACAUGUUUAAGUGAAAAUUACACAAAACACUUUACUGUACUUGGCGGAUACACACUGUAUUUUAGCGGAUCCUAUGGCUACUGCCACUUUCCAUCCUUUCAGUCUUAAAACCAACCAGUUAUAGUUGCCAACAAAAGCGUUUCCCAAAGGAGUCACUGACAAAAUGUUACCCUUCAAAGAAACCCUACCAAUCACACAAGCAGCUACCCAAACUCAACUUAGCUGCCUUGCACAUUUUAGGGACCACUUGUGUUCUAUAUAGGGCUCCAAUGAUAAGAAUAGUGAUUUGGGGACCAUUUAAAUGCAGCCAACUUCUAAGACUGAACUUUCGAGGUGUUUCCAAGGAGCCCGCAGAAAACUCUGGAGGCUGUAAGAAAAGCAAGCGAUGGACGCAAUAGAUACUGAAAAAACUGAUAGUUGACUUUUCAGCAAUUCUUUAAUUUUCUUGAAAAUGUGUUUUCUCCUUUUUUCUGACACUGAUAAAUGAAUAACUUGUACUUACUGACUAGUUUUUCUGGAAAGUAAAUAAAAGUUAUAGGUGUUCUCUGACUUUUGCACAGCACUGUAGUUCAGCAGAAUAUGGUCAUAAUUUGAUUUAACGUUUUUCAUCUGCACAUUGACGUCCUUAUAUUUGUUUUAAUUCUAGAUCAAAAAGAGAUGCAUUCAACUGACUUGAUUCAGAGGUGAACAUCAUAUUCACACGCAUAAAAUCUAUUAUAUCAAGACAGUUAUUGCUAAGAGUAUUAAACUGAAAGACGAACUGAAAGAUAAUUGUGUUGAUGUAGUGUAUUCUGUUCAGGUGCAAGUGAUGUACACAUUUGAAUCAAGUAAAAUCAGUGCCACUCCAAAGCAGAUAAGAACACAAAGGCCAAAUAUAUUUAGAACAUGAAACACUUUUGCUGCACUUGCUCUUUGUUUUUAGAUUACUGACCUGUAUAUGAACUGCUUAAUUUGAUGCCUGAUUGGUGUCUGCACACUAGACGUGAUCUGUCAGAGGACUGCAUUAGCUUACAAUUAACUUAUGAUCACUGUGAACUGUAUUUUGUAUUGUGCGUAAAAAGAAGUAAAGAGGCUUUUGUUUUCGUAAA